AUGACUCGCAGUUGUGUAGGCAUAAACUAUGAUUCCCAAACAUAUGAAACGAUUACGGGUAAAUACUUACCACAGAACCAUAGGCAAUUGGUCUUUCCAAAUGGCACUCUCAUAAUUCGAGAUACAAGGAAGGAAGACGAUGGUGGAUACUUAUGUGUUGCUAGCAACCCUGAUGGUCUUACUUCUCGAAGUAAAUUGAUUGUGAAAGUUAUGGAGCCACCUUCCAUUGAUCCUUUUUCCACAAAAAAAGAUGCUCAGAAAGGCACGAGGGUACAUCUACAUUGUGUUGUAAUCAAAGGUGAUCCUCCUAUAGUGUUUCGAUGGCUGAAGGAUGGUGAAAGCAUCCCGCAUGGUUUAUCUGUUAUUGAAAGAACAAUAGAUGAGUAUUCAAGUACUCUGACAUUCAAUAGGGUUAUGGAAGACCACACAGGAAAUUACACAUGUGUUGCUGAAAAUGCUGUAGCCAAUACAAGCCAUACAACUCAACUUACAGUUAAGGUUCCUCCAUCCUGGUUACACGAACCAGCAGAUGUUAGUGUUCUGAUGGGAGACUCCGUAAUUGUACCCUGUGAUGCUGAUGGUUCACCAAAACCCACAAUACUGUGGAAAAGAGAGUCAGACAGGCCACAAUCAUUAUACCAAGAUGACACCUUCGAAACAAAUAAUUUCAAAGUGCUUCAUAAUGGUAGCCUCUGGAUUCAAAAUGCUCUUCCAGAGGACAGGGGUUAUUACACAUGUGAGGCAAGAAAUGAAAUUGGAAUGGCACUGAACAAAGUUAUUUACAUAACAGUACAUGUACCUGCAAGAUUUUCCUCUUCUCUCCAGAAUGUGACAGCAAUCAAAGGUGGUACAGCAGCAAUAGACUGUGUCGCAAGAGGUGACAAACCAAUCUCUAUAAAAUGGUUUCAUAGUGGCACCCCUUUUGAAACACAUCUUCAGCCAAGAGCUGAAAUAAGUGAAGAAAGUUUAGAAUUUGGUAGUCACUCAAGAAUAACACUGAAGAAUGUUCUUCGGAGUGAUACCUCAGCAUUCACAUGUUUCGCAAAAAACCAGUAUGGCAGUGAUGAGUCAGAUAUCUGGGUUAUAGUUCAGGAAGUUCCUGAAGCACCAGCAAAUGUUCACGUGCAAAACUACACAAGCAGAGCUGUUAAUCUGACGUGGGAACAACCAUAUGAUGGAAAUAGCCCAAUCACUGUUUACACAGUCCAGUACAAGAAAAAACUAGUGGCAUGGGAGGAGAAAGUAUCUCAGAUAACUGUUCCUGGAGAUCAGUUGUUUGCUACCAUUAGCGGACUACAGCCAGCUAGCAGCUAUCAUUUUAGAAUUGUGGCAAGAAAUUCUCUUGGGCCCUCAAAUGCUAGUAAUGAUAUUAUGGUCACUACAGCUGAGGAAGCUCCUGAAGGACCACCACAAGACAUCAGUGUCAGAGCUUUUGACUCAGAGAGCUUGUCUGUAAGCUGGAAGGAACCUAUUCGUGAACUUCAGCAUGGAGAAAUAAUUGGAUAUUAUAUUGGUUACCGAAUGAGUAACUCUACUGAGCCAUUCCAGUAUAAAACAUAUGAAGUGAUACCAGAUGCUGAAAUGAAAAUAAUCAUCUCAGGCCUCCACAAGUUUACCCAAUAUGCAAUAUUUACUCAAGCAUAUAACAGUGCGGGUGCAGGACCACAGAGUGCAGAGAUAUUUGUCUUCACAGAUGAAGAUGUUCCAGACUCACCUCCAAGAGAUGUUCAUUGCACCAGUGUAUCUUCACAAAGCAUCCUCUUGACCUGGCUAGAAAUUGCUGUUAAUAAUGUCAAUGGUGUCCUGCUGGGGUACAAGGUCACAUACAGGACAGUUUCUGAAUGGGAUGAUUCUGUCAUAAAAAUAACUCAUGAAUAUUAUAGUAUCACUGUUACAGAAAUUAAACAACAAUAUUUUAAUGUCCAGAGGCUUCAUCUCAGUCUGAAUCUUCCACUGAAGAAUGCAAAAUGGAGUUAG